GACAUAUGAUUUAUAAAUACUUCUGAGAAAGUAACGUGCAGUUGUGCUCGUCAGGUGUUGGGUUUUCAAAGUAAAUGUUGCUUCCGAAGGAUAAAUAUCAUAUUAUAGUGCCAGCUUAAUAAAAAUCUUUUACUAAAAGAUGUGUCCAAUAUCAGGUUUAGUACAAUUUCUAAUUGUACUUGUGACGUUAAUUCUAAUAUGUCACGCGGUUAUCGUAAAAAGUUGUAAUAUAACUUUCAACCCCCAAAACGCCACCAUUCAUAUGUACGAUACAAUAAUCGUCGAUUACGACGCUUCAAAUCAAGAUGGUGGUGAUUACACGCUUUAUAGCGAGGAUGAAAACGUGGCGUCACUGGAUAAAGAAUAUUUAAUAACGAACGAUUCGGGUAGUUUUAACGUCACGGGGAACUUUUUAGGUAAAACUGUGAUAUCGUGUAAAAAAAGAGGAAGUUCCGGUAAAAGCGAAUCUACAGGAAAUAUGGAUAUAGUGGUGAUAAGGAAAAAGAGGGUAAUCGAUACGAUGUUUACGGCAUCGGUAGCCACUUUGAUCAGUUUGUUGUACAUCAAUUUCGGUUGCGCCAUCGAUUGGUCGGAAUUCAGGACGAUUUUGAAGAGACCCAUCGGACCGGGCGUCGGACUUUUCGGUCAUUUCGUCGUGAUGCCAGCGUUGAGUUACGCUUUUGGCGUUCUUCUUUUUCCGGAUAACGCGGCGAUGCAGUUGGGAUUGUUCUUCACGGGAGUUUCGCCGGCUGGGGGCGCUUCCAACGUUUGGGCGAUACUCUUGGAGGGGAAUAUCAGUUUGUCGAUUUCGAUGACGUUCGUCAGCACCAUGGCGGCGUUCGCUUUUAUGCCUUUGUGGAUUUUUACACUCGGUCGAGUUAUAUUCCGGAACGCAAAAUUAGAAGUACCUUAUACCGAAAUAAUGACGUACGUUGUAGCUUUGAUUAUACCCUUGACGAUCGGGUACCUAAUUCAAAGGUACCUAAAGAGGGUGGCAAAUUUCAUGGUUAGAAUAAUAAAGGGAUUUUCGACGCUCCUCAUAUUAUUCAUAAUAGUUUUCGCAAUUGUUACCAACUUGUAUUUGUUCAAAUUAUUUUCGUGGCAGAUAAUCGUCGCCGGUAUGGGUAUCCCAUGGCUCGGUUACGUAGCUGGUUAUCUGAUAUCGAAAUUAUUGCGACAGAAUCCCGUCGAUUGUUUAACGAUGGCCAUCGAAAUCGGUAUCCAGAAUACGGGCAUCGCGAUAUUUCUAUUGAGAUUCGCUUUACCCCAACCCGAAGCCGAUCUAACCACAGUGGCUCCGGUCGCCGUGGCGGUUCUGACGCCGUUCCCGCUCUUGCUCCUGUUCGUCGUUAAGAAAUUGAGGUCGCGUUUACAUCAUUCCCAUUCGAAAUUGUCUCAAGAGGAAAUCGUAAAAUCGGAAAAUACUUCGAAUUCUAUCAACGGAAUUGAUAUAAACGGAAUUUCUUAGGUUAGGAUUUCCAUUGUUUCGUUUUUAUCAUUGAAAAUUCUGUUCAUUAUCGGUUUUAUUCACUUUUUUUUGGAAUUGUUGAAAUCAUUAAAGAAUUUUAUCAA